AUAAUGUGUCCGGGUGUGGAAAGUCUUUGUAUAGUAGUGUGUGUACAGUUGUACAAACCAGCAGCUGCACUGCUCACCUUGUGCACAUACGUCACAGCUUUGUUCGACCGUUGACAAGAAAGCUUCUCUUGUCUGUCAGCAGUGUGAGAAAUAUGAAGUUUCUGGACUUGGAGGAUUCUAUCAGUCGCUUCAGGUUUGCUCAGUCCUGUGUGGGGUUGACGGGUUGCCUGUGCGUGAGCUAUGCAGUGUGGACACCGUACUGGCUGAAGGACCGGGGACUCUGGACAGAGUCAAACAACACUGGAAGUGACCCGGCAAACCUUAAACAUGGCACUGUCUUCAAUGCCCUGGAAGCAGAGCAAGUAUUCGGUGUCCUCUCCUUCCUCAUGGCCAUGAGCACCGGUGCCCUGUGUCUGGUGUUUGCCCUCUGCUGGACGUCCCGGACGGUGCGGUCCUACUCCAACACUCGCUCUCUGCUCAUGGCCGGGCAGGCGCUCUACCCCACCACCCUGCUGCUGCUCACCAUGGCCUCCACAGGUUUCUUCUUCCUCUUCAGCUGGUCUCUUUUCACUUAUCAGCACCGGGAAGAAAUCCGUCAGGACGUCUCCGGCCUUGGCUCUUCCUACUGGCUCGGGGCUUUAGGCUGGGUCCUGCUGGUGGUCGUGGAGACGAUCGUCUUUAUCGUGGAACAAGCAACAGUACCAGACAUUGUACCAGACUUGGAGAAGGCCGUGGAGUCGUGGCGGAUUUCCUGUCAACUGAGGGCUGCAAAACGCUCUUAUAGUGAUGUGUAACAGCCUGGAAACAGUAUGAGAGACAUUAUCUGAAAAGGGUGCAUGACCACCAUGAAUGCCAUGCAGAUGUAAGGAUGUGACAGAGAAAAUGAUUGUGAAUGUGUGAGCUACACUAAGACAACACAACUGAAUCCCUAUUAACUGUGUCUCGAGAAAUUGAGAUUCCCUGCAUCCUGAAAGUCAGUGGGACUGAAUCCUCCAGCGUCCUGCAGGGUUUGACUGCUCUGAUAAAUUCUCAAUUUUUUGUUUUCAAGAUGGACUUUUUAUAAAUACACUACAGACCAAUAAUAAUGGCGGUGAGAUCAAAUGCAAUAUGAGUGCUGCUCUGUCAAGGUGAUGUGUAGGAAUUGUAUUUGCAAAGAUUUGAAAUUCAGAAACGCUGGUCGUCCAGCUUUUCCCCUGGGCCAGGAUCACUUCCAGGUUUUCACUUUGAACUUGUUCCUUUACCUGAAAGAUGAAGUAGUUGCUGUAUCGUGCUCGAUGAAUGUUAAAAUAGCACCAUCUUGUGAUGACCACGUGACACUUCUGACACUGACACUCAACCAUGGAUGAAUUACCUUCUUUGUUUUUAUAUAUGUUAAGAGACAUUGUGAAACUGAAAAUUCACAUUGUGCUCCUCUGUUGUUUUCUUGAUGAUGAGUCAUAAAUAGCACUAAUAUUUGUGUUAAUGUGGGGCGGUUGUGGCUCAGGAGCUGGAGUGGGUCGUCCGCUAACCAGAACAUCGAACGUUCAAUGUCAGUCUCACCAAUUGUGCACGCAGAAGUUUCUUCGGGCAAGAGACCGAACCCCAAAUUGCCCCUGACGACUGUGCUGACAGUGUGCGAGUGAUGAUAGAGGAAGUGCUGCACACAGAUGCACUGUAUAAAUAUGUUUGUGACCAUUUUUAACCUGUUUAUAAUCCUAUAUUUUUUUAUAGAAUAAAAUUAGCAGUCAUAUUGAGACCAGAAUGUACUGUCCUCUGUCUGACUCUGCCGUUCAGAGUCUGAACAUCCUUCCACCGCUACAGUAAAUCAAAGUUUUACGUCCUUGA